ACCCAGCCAACAGCCAUCGCGCUGAACCCCCGCUCAAACCAUCGCUCGCCAGCGGCAUUCGCGGCCUCUCUCCCGUCGCAUCCAAUGCGGGUCGCUGCUCUCUCCCUCGUAUCGUCGCCGCUCGCCGUCGCGCCAACUUGGCGCGCUUUCACCGCCCCCUCCUGUCCCUCGCGGAAUGUAGCUCCGGCCUCCUCAGGCCGCCUCCUGUCGUCGUCGCUUCUCGCCACGCGCACCGCCAUCUUCAGCCAUCACGCGCGCGGGUUAGUAGAUUAUAACAACCCAAGCAUCGCAGCGCGAUCGCUGUCUCGUCGCCGAGCAGUCGCGAUGGCCGCUGCUGACGGCGGCAACUCCGCGGACGGAUCGAAGAUCUCCGUGCUCUUCGUGUGCCUGGGCAACAUUUGUCGGAGUCCGUCCGCGGAGGGCGUGUUCACGCACAUGGUGAAGCAGCGCGGCAUCGCGCACCAAUUCCAGAUUGAUUCCGCAGGGACCAUCGACUACCACGAGGGCAACCCGGCGGAUCCGCGCAUGCGCAAGGCGGCGGAGCGGCGGGGCAUUCCGCUGACGUCGCUGUCGCGGCCCAUCCGGCCGUCGGACUUCUCGACGUUCGACCUCAUCCUCGCCAUGGACCGCAGCAACCAGCAUGACAUAGGCCGGGCGUUCCGUCAGUGGCAGCGCGCUCAUGACCUGCCAGAAAAUGGCUUGGACAAGGUUAAGCUCAUGUGCUCCUAUUGUCGCAAGCUUGAUUAUGAUGAGGUCCCUGACCCUUACUAUGGUGGUGCACAGGGCUUUGAGACAGUGUUGGAUCUCCUAGAUGAUGCUUGUGGAGGACUUCUAGAUUCCCUUGUCAAAGAUAACUAGAUUCCCUCAUCAAAUAUCACACAUGGUAUUGAACCAGAUGGGCAAGUGUAGCGCCAGUAAAUAGCGAUGGCAGAAACCUACCAUACUAACCAGGGGAGGAGACCCACCCAUGCUAAAGCUGGUGAAAUCUCGGUGUUCAGUGGUUGAAAAUGGUGAACCUCAUGAAGCUUCAGCGUA